CUGCAGUGCCCUUGACAACCCCAACCCCCCUACACUACCUCUAGACCCCCACGGACGAUCUCCCCAACCCGCCAACAACGUCAGUCAUCUCUUCCUUUCCACUUUGCUGCGUCUUGAUCUCGGAAGACGUGAUGCUGUGCUUCACCAGUUCUGCAGUGACAACGUUGCUCUCCUCACGGAGUUGGCACGUUAACGAAAGGACCUGGAGUAUCUGGAGUUGGGCGGGUUUCCUUUUUCCUUUUCUCCCUCCCCCUCCUCCCAGUCGUCCCUCUCAAUUCGGCCUUCCUAAAACUUCCCGAGCCAUUGGCAAUAAUUCGAGAAUCACUCGGUGAUUUCAAUGUCUCGGUAUCAAAAUGGUCAGCAGCUGGAAGCUACCUCAACACAUAUUCCGAUUCAUCAUCAUUCAAGCAGAGAAGGGUCUUUGACAACCAACACCAACGACAAUGAUCCCCGCCUAAAGAAACAGGAAGGCGAAAAGCCCCCGGUGUUGGAUACGCAUGGAGAUGCUCAGUCGUCAGGGAUAUCAUUACCUCAAUUCGCCCAGGUAGACGGCGUUGAUGAGAGUACAUCAACGCUGGAUAGAUUUCCAUGGAAAAGCCGGCUCUCGACACUCUGGCACUGGAAACCCGAAGCGGCUAGGUAUGACCCCGACAACCCUCCCAAGUUUACAAUAUGGAUGAACAUCCUGUUCGGGUUUGCAUCAUGCUUCACCGUAUCCAACCUGUACUACAACCAAGCCGUGCUAAACAAGAUGGCAGAGACUUUCAAUGUCACCUUUGAAAAGGCCUCGUCGGUAGCCACGCUGAUGCAAGCCGGCUAUUGCAGCGGUUUGCUUUUCAUCUGUCCGCUUGGCGACAUCUUUCCCCGACGGCCAUUCAUACUUGGGUUGAUUGCCUUUACCGCUACCCUGUGGAUUCCCCUCUGCCUAACAACCUCCUUUCCCUCCUUUGCCGCCAUCUCCUUCCUCUGCGGCGCCACCACCGUCACCCCGCAACUCAUGCUCCCCCUAGUCGGCGACCUUGCGCCCCCUGCCCGCCGCGCCUCUUCGCUAGCCGUCAUCGUCUCCGGCCUCUCGCUCGGCGUCCUUCUCGCCCGCACCUUGGCCGGCGUGCUAGCCAGCUUUACCUCCUGGCGCAACAUCUACUGGUUCGGCUUAGGCGUGCAAUGGCUCGUCUUUGCGCUGCUCUACGUCUGGAUGCCCGAUUACCCCUCCAAAAACCCAGACACAAAGUUCAACUAUUUUAAAAUGCCGUGGCAGAUUGCCCAACUGCUGGCCACCGAGCCGUUGCUGUUACAGGCGGCGCUGGUGGCCUUUCUGCACAGCGGGAUUUUCACAAGUUACUGGACGACGUUGAGUUUCCUGCUGAGCAGUCCGCCGUACGAGUACUCGUCGAUGGUGAUUGGGUUGUUUGGGUUGAUUGGUGUGGUGGUGAUUGUGUGCGCGCCGAUUUACUCGCGGCUCAUAAUCGAUCGGUUGGUGCCGCUGGUGUCUGCGAUCAUGGGCCUGGUGGUCGAGACGGUGGGUGUGGUGGUGGGCACGUCGGUCGGCAGCUUCAACGUCGCAGGUCCCGUGGUGCAGGCUAUCAUGAUUGAUUUGGGCGGACAGUUUACGCAGAUUGCGAUGAGAAGUUCGAUUUAUGGUAUUCAGCCGUUGGCGAGAAACCGGGUCAAUACGGCGUAUAUGGUGGUCAGCUUUGCUGGGCAGUUGACGGGGACGGCGGUGGGGAAUAGGCUAUAUGCCCAGGGUGGGUGGGUGUACAGUGGUGCUUGUGGGAUUGCCUUUGGCGGGUUUGCGUUGAUUAUCUGCCUUGUCAGAGGACCAAGAGAAAAAGGGUGGGUUGGCUGGUCAGGGGGUUGGACUUGCCGGAGAGAGGACUUGGCGCUGAAGAAGAGUGAGAUGGCAACGGAACAGGCACUCGAGGAAGCCGGUGCAGUUGGUGAAGGCGGCGAAGACGUUCGACGUGACGUUCAGUCUGCCAGUGCAUCCAAUGGUGGGAAUCUUACAAGUGAUGGCAAGAACCAACAAUGAUUGUUAGUGUUCAUGUGGGCUUUUGGCCGAGUUACCCAUCUAUGUUCUGUCUAUUUUCUCAGACUACGCACACGUCAAUUCUGCAAACCUACGUCGGGCAAAUGCCCGAAGCACAUAUACCAUUUAUUACUACAAAG